GUAUCUAAAAAAAGAACUUAAAACUAGAAUAGGCUAUAUAAACCUGUGCGCCAGCGAUAGAAAAAUCAUUCAACGAACUACAACUAGACGAGAAGAGAACUCGACAAACAAGAAAGAUGUAUACACGAUCGAAUAGUUUGGUAUUGUCAAUUCCGACUAAUAAUUAUCAAGAACAGUUCGCUUACAGGGCGAUGCCGCGGAGCAAAGAGCCAGAAAUCUUCACCUUUGAGCGGAUCCCAGCUCAAGAGCCACUGCGCUAUACGCCAGUGCGCCAGCGAAAGAAGAACACCCGUGUACAGUACCCAGCCAAUGUCCGAAAGUACCUUCCACCUGCCGAGAAGAGCGCUGCCAAGCGCUGGCUCGUUGCUCUGUGCCUGGUACUGUUCCUUCAGAUCUACACCGAGGAUGCUUGCAUCGAGACACCGAUCAGCGCCGAGAGCCUUGCCGCCGAGGUACACGAGGAGGCGUCCUUUGGUCCAUACAAGGAGCUACGGUUCCAGUCAGCAGAGGAACAGGCGCGUCAACUCACAGACAGUGUCUCCAACGAGCUCUCUUCUGUCAACUGUCAGGAUCAACUUGUUGGUGAGCAGAGUGACAACACCUGGAGCAAGCUGGUCAAUACAACGUGUCCCAGCUGGGAUGCCGAGACGAAUCGCAUGCACAAGCAGAGCACAAGGAACAGCUACGUGGUAGCAUUCCUCUACCCGGCAGUUUAUCACAGACUGGGAUCUGAGAAUUGAAAGAACUGAACUGGUUUUUCAGCUCAAGCCUUGGCAUUAAGACGGAGCCGGGUUCAAUGGCUUUGGUUUGGAUAAAGUGAGCGAGCUGCCUCUGUCCGGGCGCUGCCAGGCCGGGAGCUCAUUCAUCAAGGCGCUCGCUGAAGCCUCACCAGAGGAGCCUGCAGUAGCUGCUGUAUUUGGAGAAUGCGAGUGAAGCGAAAGAAAGAACAUGUUACUUAUUGGACAAUUUUGAAGGACUGACUGGCUGACUGUUACAAUGCUGGCCUCAAACUUGAAUAUAGAAAAACUUGAAUUAUAUUUUAGGUUCACAUUUGCAAUGAUGUACUGUAGAAGUCAAACUUAGCACACUAACAUGUUGGUAGCUGUAUGGCCAAAACGUAUAGGCCUACAGUAUUGAAGUGAUAUUUGUAAUACUAUGAUUUACUUUGUGGAAGCCUAGUACUUGAUAUUGAGACUAAUAUUUUGCUAAACUAUUUAUUUAUGAAGAAUAUUCUAUGAAGUUUAUUAUUUAACUUGUUAUUUAUUUAUAUUGUUCUAACGAUUUGUUAUUUAAUAAUUUAAAUAAAACUUUCUGAAAUGUU